AUGAAUAGGGGAUCACAUCCGUCCAAGCCAAUUAUGGUGUACUCACUGGAUCCAAUAUCGCUUGAACAUGAGACGGGUAGCAGCUAUGAUAGUGAUACUACUACUACUACUACUACUACUACUGGUGCUGGUGCUGGUGCUGGUGCUGUUGUUACAGGUGCUACUACUGCUCCUGUUGGUGACGAUGGUAUUGCUCACAUUUGCUCACUGCAAGGUGAAUACUGCUAUGGCAACCAUACUCCCGAGGACACAGAAAGCGUUGCUCUGCCUCAUAUUGCAGUGUUGUCUGGACCAGAGAACCAUGGGUUUAUUCCCGAGUUAAACCUACAACAAAAUGACCGUGUUGCAUCAAAAGCACCAAAGCACAGUGCGCAUCUGAGUCACCAUCUUCAGUUGAUAGAUCAGACUUUACGGCGAAACUCACAGUCUGAGUCUGAUUUUAUUGAAUCCAGGAACCUAGGGGUCUCUCCAAAUGGUAGUACGUGCUCUUCAUUGGGUACAAAUGCUUUAGGAUCCGAUCGUGAACCAGAAACAACCGCAACGCAUCAUCGAAGCAUUAUUCAUCCUCAGCUCAACGGCAGCCUUGAGGUGACUAUAUCAUACAAUCCUUGCUAA